AUGGCCAAACAUUUGAAGUUGCUGACGAUUCUUCUCUUGGCUCUAUUUACAUUCUCCGUUUCCGGUGACGACGUGUUUUGGAGCGUAAAUUGUGGUGCAACUGACUUCUACACCGACGAGAACUCCAUAUCUUGGGCUCCGGACGAUUCUUUGGUUUCAAAUGGGCUUGCUCGAGUGGUUCAAUCGAGCAACUCGAUAUCUCCGGUGCUAGAUUCCCUUCGGGUUUUCACUAGUAGGAAAAAGAAUUGUUAUUCGACCCCGGUUACAAAGGGCGAAAAAUUGCUAGUUAGGGCUAGUUUCAACUAUGGAAACUACGACCGAUUGUCAAGUCCUCCGAAGUUUGAUUUGCACUUUGACGGGAACUUUUGGACCACUGUUGAGACUACGGCUAGCGGGGCACAAGUGUAUGAAGCCACUUAUGUUACGAAAGGAGACGCGGCUAGCGUGUGCGUGGCUCAAACAAAUCCUAACCAGUUCCCAUUUAUCUCGUCUCUUGAAUUUCGUAGUGUCGGCUUGGAAGUUUAUAAUCUAGCCGAUGAUAACCGGGCUUUAUUCUUGAUCGAGAGGUUAUCUUUUGGCGCGAGUGAUACGUUAAGAUACCCGAAUGAUCUUUAUGACCGAAUAUGGGUACCCCUUAGCGGAUCUGGGGCGGUCACAAGCGAGGCGAUUUUAUUCAACACCUCAAUAAGCGAUAAUCCCCCUCAGGGAAUUCUAGAAAGCGCGAUUGUGGGUGCUAGCACGACUACAAGUUUGAUUUUUGCCACAGUUCAACCAUCGAAUGAUCUCCUCUACAUUAAUAUGUACUUCUCGGAAGUCCUCGAUACUACUGAAACGAGAAUAUUCAGGGUUUACGAGUCGUCGCCGUCGGUAAGCCGUCCUUUGACCGCUACGAUUUCACCAGCUUUUGGUGGCGUGAGUGAACGUAUCUUUACUAAUUACACCACUAAUUCCGCCAUGAACCUUUCUUUAAUGGCUACCGCUGAGUCCGAUCUCCCCCCUCUCAUAAACGCCAUCGAGGCAUUUAACAUUAGCGAUGUUCUAACGGAUGGUACCGAUAGCAAUGACGUCGCAACUCUAAUGUUGUUACAAACCACGUUCGACGUGCUAGCACAAUGGAGCGGAGAUCCGUGCCUUCCAGCACCGUACUCGUGGGACUGGCUCAACUGCAGCAACGAUGCCACGCCUCGUGUAACCUCAUUGCAUCUUGAUAGCUUCGAUCUUUCGGGUUCCCUUCCGGACAUUAGUUCCAUGGAUGCUCUCGAGACAAUUGACUUGCACAAUAACAGCUUGACUGGAACUAUUCCUGAUUACCUUGGCACGAUGCCUAAGCUCAAAGAAUUGAAUUUGGCGAACAACUCGUUUAGCGGGCCCAUACCCACUUCAGUGUCAAAGAACAACAAAUUGAAAUUAACUGUUACUGGAAAUCCUUCCUUGUGUACAUCUGGUAAAUCAUGUUCGAGUUCUUCCGGAGGGACAACUAGCAAAAAGAAAAGCAGCAAUAUGCCAAUAAUACUCGGCACCACGAUUCCGGUGUUCUUUUUGAUCUGGAUUGUUGCUGGUAUUUUUAUCAUCCUUCGCAAGAAAAGAACGAACAACGUCAAUGUGUUAGCCGUUGCAGGAGGCGAAGAAAACGGGAAGCCCAACGGGUUGCAUACAGUCGGUGAACAAAUGAUGAAUGGGAUUGGACAAAAUACGGUGCAACAAACUUUUGGAUCACCUUCACCAUUACUCGAUACUUCUGGUCAAACUAGUGAUUUGCACGACCAAACAACUGCACAUUAAUAUUCAUAUGUGGUAGAAUUAUAUUGUAUUUUUUAUUUUUGAAACACGAUCAAAGCUUUAUUCUGUUUGUAACGAAUAAUGUGCAUAGAAAGGAAAUACGUGUUGUUGGACAAUAAUGUCGUUUAUGUUUUAGCAAUUGUUUCAAUGGUUAUAUAAGAAAGUGGAACGUCAAUUCUUU